AUGGCAUAUAACGCAUCCCAGAGUACAGUACUUUCGGAUGACGAUGAAGAUGCCUCGGCCUUCGUCAACGAAACUUAUAGGCCAUGUAGAAUACUCUAUGUAAUGACCGGCACUGGUGUGCAUUCGCUACGAAACCUCGGUCCAAAUUAUCGCAUACUACUUGUCAAAUCAAGAUUCAUUGCUUCACUAUUGAAGAGAGGAGUCAUACCUCAUUUUGGCUAUGACUGCGCAUUAUCUUACGGAGGUAGAGAGUUGGCAGAUAAUGAGACAUUGGAAAGCUGUCGCAUUGGGGAUGAAGCAACGGUAAAUGCUGUUGUGUGGGAACAGAAUGCUAACUCGCCUGGCUUCUCGGGCCAUGCAAUUUAUUCAAGCUCAAGGAUCAGACAGGAAGAUGAGCAGAAGACCAAGCAGUUCAAGCGCGGUAGAAGUUCAUUGGACUUAGCAGAGGAAAAUGUAUUUGAGGAUCGAGUACUUUGGCGUGCUCCAGCUUCGAAAAAGCAAAAGUCAGUUAGAUUUGCUGAGCAAGAUGAUGCUAUUCCCAACCUGCCAACAUCUUCGCCCCAGUCAUUGCCUUCACAAAAUCCAAGUCCAGAACAUUAUGUCAUGUCAGGGGUAUUAGAACCAACAGAUAGACCUCUGGAGUUCCACGAUAGCUUGGUCCGAGAUAGUCCAUUAAGAGGUCUUCAACGAAGGCAAUCUCUUGGAGAACUGCCAGGACCCAUGAUGCCAAAAACGCCUUUCAAAUCCCCAAACUUUCACAGUAAUUCCGCACGAAAGCCAGAAAUACCGAUUAGUGCUUCUUAUGAUGCUUUUUCAUAUCCUAUUACGCCCCGAGACGCUUCUAGAAGAGAUCUUCAAAGAAAUUAUAACCUAUUGAGACAUUCGGAUAGAACUCCUCACCGCAGAAUGGAAUACGAUUCCUCUUCAACUGCAGUACGUUUUACUCCGAGAAUCCAAAAUGGACAUUCACUGACGUCCCAUUCUUUUCCUGCAGUACGAAACACCGUGUAUGUUCGACCUCCGGGAACUGGGCCAACAUCUGGAUCUUUAUCUUCAUCGCCGUUUCUUGGAUCGUUAAAUCCUGCUCACGUAACAACAACUCUGCCUCCGGUUCCAUAUCAACCAUUGUUUCCUCCUAACUCUCAGGAGAUACCUUCAUUCAAACCAAAAUCACCCAUUCGACAAAACCCUUCAUUCAAAGAUCCUCUAGCAUCAUAUGCGCCAUUACCUUCGGGUUCACCAUCAAUAUCAAGCUUAUUCAUUCACAGGUACCUUUUGUCUCGACGUUCAGAUUCGGGUUCCGGGCCAAUACUCGAAUCAACUCCAACAUCAACUUCACCGCAUCAGCCAUCAGUUCCUUACUUUUUAAGGUCCACACCAUCAUCUAUUCUCCAAUCAUUGAAUUCGUACUUCUCAACACCAUCACCGUCACCCCAGCCAUUUCAAUCACCAUCUGUCCUCCAAACACUGAAUUCAUACUUUUCAAACACAUACCCACCUCCUCGGAAAUAUCCUCCUUCGCAGACACCAUCCCACAGCCCUUCAUACACCCUACAACCUACGAAUUCUAACUCGAUGGACUACGAUUACUUCCGAGCUGCGCGGUCUAAAAGAUCAUCCUCACCAUCAGAACUCCAUCCAUUAAAUUCUCCUCUUCCAUCACUACCGCCGCAUCCACCUCAUAUCAGGGUUGAAUCACCAUCAGUAACAAUCUUUCCGUAUGGCGGUCAACCUUCAAAUAUUCAAUGGGAUGAAUCAACAUUUCCAUUACCAUCGACCAAAGCAGAUUAUCUGCAGUAUCAUCCUUUUUCCAAGUCGAAUCUAAAGAAUAAACCUCAACCAGAAGCACCUGGAAGGUAUCCCCCACCACCGCCACCACCGCCACCAACUCGUCCUAUUCGCUCAAAUUAUUACCAUAUCCCUUCCCCUUCUCGUCCUCCUUCGCCUAACAGAAAAGAAAAACAAAAACAAUCCCAACUCCCUCGCAAUCCGUCUUUUUACGACUACUAUCCUCUUCGAUCAACAUCUAUUUCCGAUCCUCUAGCUGCAUCUUCUCUUCCAACACCAGAGCCUACACCCCCUCUCACCUUCAAUGAGAGUCCCAAAAGAACAUCACGAAAUCCUCUCGCAACAAAGUCGACUACCUCAAACCAAUCAUACUACUCUUCUCACUCUCCCCUUCCAGCAGGAUCUUCCCUCAAAGGCGCAAUCGCAGUUCCUUCGCUUGCACACGAGAUGCUACCAGAAGAUUUCCUAGGCUAUCGGACAGUAAGGCAACUUAUAGAACUUCAAGGAUGGGAAAUGAGCCAGGGAGAAUGGCGAUCUGUACGGGAAGUGUUGAGAAGGUGCCAAAAUGGGGAGAAUGGUGCGAGGGGUAAUAUCGAAGUACUUGCCAGGGGAGUGGUUGAGUUGGAGAAAAAUGGUGCUUGGAUGAGUUGA